GAGCUUCAGUGGGACACUGGAUAAUCUGUGGGACUCAAAUGGAUGGAAAAGGAGGGGACGCCGCCCUGCCAUAAGCAUGACAACUCAAACGAUGCUUCUGUGGCAUUUCCUUUUGCUGCUCAUAUUUGCUGUGAAGGAAUGCACACCUGUGUGUGUGGAUGCAACCUCGGACACAGAGGCAGUGUUGGGGAGCCGUAUGAAGCUCACCUGCAUCUCAUGCAUGAAAAGAGAGGAAAUCAGUGCUCAGACUAAGGUGAACUGGUAUUACAGAUCUGACGAGGAUGCCAUCCGCCAGGAGAUCUACCGGUAUGACAGUAUGGGGCCACAGGAGCAGGAUGGGCCGUGGAAGGGUCGUCUGUUCUGGAACGGCAGCAAAGACCUGCAGGACGUCUCCAUCAGCAUUAUCAAUGUCAUGAUGAACGACAGCGGCCUGUAUGAGUGUGUGGUGCACCGCCAGUUUACCUUCAACUCGUACACCCCUUCCUUUGAGACGACUGUUAAGAUUGAACUGGUAGUGCGAAAGGAAGCAAGUGAAGAUCCAACAGCACUGUACUCAGAGAUCAUGAUGUACGUUUUGCUGGUGUUUCUCACCUUCUGGCUGCUCGUUGAGAUGAUCUACUGCUACAGAAAGAUCUCCAAAUCAGAUGAGCAAGCCCAGGACAGUGCGACAGACUACCUAGCCAUUCCCUCUGAAAAUAAAGAGAACCCGCCGGGUCCUGCGGUAACGGAAUAAAAGUGGUUGUCUCACACACAAUACGGUUCUGACGAUUCCUUCUGGCUUAAAAAGAGGCUGAUCUUUGCAGGGACAUUGCCAGCGUGCGAGUAGCACUGACAUAACAUGAAACCUGACAAAGCAAAUCACUGUCAUCUUGCUCACGUAACGAGAAGCAAAUUCUCCACUGCUUAAUUAUCGUCCCUGUCGUUCUCUCAGUAAGGUGAUAAUUACAUUGCAGAGUAACACUCGAGCAAAACGGGGUCGUGUUGGUGUUUUCACUGUUUUUGCCUUAGAGGAGAUACAGCAUUCUGAACAGCAAUCGGAAAUAAAAAGCUAGCACACUGCCUAUUUUCAAAAACCCGUAUUUGCUUGAUGUUCAGCGUACUCAGAAAGCCUUUCGUGAUAUUUCAUAGAGUCUUGUUCUUACUGUUUUGAUAGAACAAAAUUGAAUUUUGAAAAUGUACUCCCAACAUCUUUUUAAUAAAGGAUUGCAUUACAUCCUAGCUUUCAGGGUUGUUUUAGAGCAGGCUAUUUUUGCUUGUGUCAGUUUCAAACCUGAGUCUCUGAGAUCGUAUGAGAUAAUCGUUGUGGUCAGCUCAGUUCAUAUGAUCGCUUACACGUUACAUUAUACUUUUGUGUGCGAAUGAAUUUACCUGCAUUUACCCCCUCCAUGUGACUCAAAGAAUCAUUUUUCUGGUUAUGAGACUUUGAAAGUGAGAUUGUGGACAUAAAACUUAUCUGACAAACUGCAUAAGUCCCUUUAGAGCCUUUAUAUCAACAGUGGUAAUGUUUACUGUCACCAUGUUGAAGUCACAUUUAAUGAUCAUUGCUCAGUAAUACACUGUAGUGACUCUGGGAACCUUUACUCUGUAAUCACUACUAAUCUUAGUUAUUCUGGACAAGCUGUGUGUUGUACUGUGAUUCUCUAUAGACUAUGAGUUGUUGUUUUUUUUUGUUUGUUUUGUUUUUUGCCAAAUGUUUACAAGAGGACUCACGAACUAUUCACAUAAACUAUUAACAAACUCUCUAUAUAUGAAUACCAAUCAGUGUGGCUGUGUGAACAUAACAUAAUUACUGUAGCUAGUGAAUGCAACAUCGGUUCCUAUAGACUACUUUUACAGUUAUGGCGAUGUGAAAACGACUGUGUAUCUGCACUUUAUCCCCUCUGGAAUUGCUAAUAAUGCCUUUUGCUGUCUUUUAUAUUCAUAUACUGUCAGUACAAGAGGACAAAUGUGACAUGUUUUCUUGCCCUGCACAGAAAGAGCUGUAUAUCACUUGUGAAAGCUUGCCAUCUAUUAAUAAAGCAAAGCUGUGUAUUCUGAAA